GGAAACUCUUCUGCCCACGAAGCAGGGCCAGGACCCUCUACCUAAGUGCUGGGACCACCUGUAGUUCGGGAACGGGCAGGGAGGACUGCGCGUCGGCCUCCUCGCUGGGGGGGCAGCGUCCUCGCGUGGCCUCCUGCCUUGCUCACGGCCUGUGCCCUGGGGAGCCUGGCCUGCAGACGACCGCAGCGGUGCCCAUGGGCUCUGCCGACCGCCAGCUCAGCCUGGCAGAGAUCCUGUCCCAGAACUAUGGUCUCCAGGAGCGGUGCGAGGGGGCCUCGCGGUGCCCAGGGAAGCCCGAGGAGGAGCUGGAGAAGGACUUCAUCGCCCAGGGCAGCGACAUGCCCCUGGACGAGCUGCUCGCGCUCUAUGGCUACGAGGCGUCAGACCCCAUCUCGGAGCGGGACAGCGAGGGCGAAGUGGCUGCCGACCUCCCAGACAUGACCCUGGACAAGGAACAAAUAGCGAAGGAUUUGCUUUCAGGGGAAGAAGAGGAAGAGACACAGUCGUCCGCAGAUGACCUCACGCCGUCCGUGACCUCCCACGAGGCCUCCGACCUUUUCCCUAGCCAGGGCAGAGCCCGUUUCCUGGCCGAUGACAACAGAGAGCCGGGCUCGUCUGCCCCCUCCGACACGGAGGACUCCCUUCCUGCCAACAAGUGUAAGAAGGAGAUCAUGGUUGGGCCUCAGUUCCAAGCCGACCUCAGCACCCUGCACUGCAGCCGGCAUAGUGAGAAGAUGUAUGAGAGCGAAGACCAGCUGCUCUGGGACCCCAGCGUCCUCCCCGAGAGGGAGGUGGAGGAGUUCCUAUACCGGGCCGUAAAGCGGAGGUGGCACGAGAUGGCCGGGUCUCAGCUCCCGGAGGGAGAGGCUGUGAAAGACAGUGAGCAGGCGCUGUACGAACUGGUGAAGUGCAGCUUCGAUGUGGAGGAGGCCCUGCGCAGGCUGCGGUUCAACGUGAAAGUGACUCGAGACGGGCUCUGUGCUUGGAGUGAGGAGGAGUGCAGGAAUUUCGAGCACGGCUUCCGUGUGCACGGGAAGAACUUCCACCUGAUUCAGGCCAACAAGGUGCGCACGCGGUCGGUGGGCGAGUGCGUGGAGUAUUACUACCUGUGGAAGAAGUCCGAGCGCUACGACGACUUUGCCCAGCAGACGCGGCUGGGCCGGAGGAAGUACGUCCCGGCUGGAACCACGGACGCAGACCAGGACCUGGACAGCAGUGACCCCGAUGGCCCCAGCCGCCCCCGCUCCCAGCAGGAGCUCCUGACGGAGCUGCGCACAGAGCCGCCGAGUGUGGACAGCACAGCCUCCGGUCUUGCUGAGCCUGGAGUGGGCUCCGACAGCCUCCCGCCCUCGGGGCCGGGGCCCUGCCCCUUCCAGCAGCUGGGCCAGCCCUCUGCUCUGCCCCUGCCCCUGCCCCGGAAGCCACCUGCCCUGGCCGACCCAGACGCAUACCCACCGGCAGCCACUGCAGAGUCUGGCACCGGCCGGAGGCUGGCUGUGGGCUUCCUGCCCGCCGAGCUUCCCCUGCUCUCCAGCCACGUGGGGCUGACCGGGGACCCCGAGGAGGCUGUAGCCCCUGCACAGGUCGCCUUGUCUGUCACCGAGUUCGGACUCAUCGGCAUUGGGGACGUGAACCCCUUCCUGGCCACCCACUCCACAUGCCCGGCCCCCGGGCUGCACUCGGAGCCUCUGUCACACUGUAACGUGAUGACCUGUUGAUUCCUGGCCGCAGGCAGGCGUGUGGCCUGGACUCGACUUGGUGCCACCGUGGACCUGCCUCUGCCAGUCUUCCUGACCCUCCUUCUCUCGGGACUCGGGGUAUGCCUUCCCUGCUUCAGAACACGUCAGGAUUCGUACGAGGCGGCCGGACUGCAGGCCCCUCUGCACAGACUGGACCAGGGCCACGGAGACCCCGUGCCCUCAGCGCCCAGCACCACCGCCCGACUCCAGGCUGCCGCCCCCGUGGGGUCCACUGGGCAGCUGGGUGCAGGCUGGUCCUUAGGCUUGGUCCUUCCAGCCAGCCCAGCCUGGGGAGCUGGGCAGGACAUGCCACGCCGCACCAGCAGCCCUCCUGGGCGCCCUCGGCUCUGCUGUGGAUGGCUGCCCCUCGGUGCCAGCCUGGUACAGAGCCAUAUACCUCGCCGCCCGCGCCCCCCCGCCUGUCUCCACUUCAGGAAAAGCCGCACUUUACGCCACUUGCCUCCCCUGCAGUAGCCAGCUGUGGGCUUGGGGCAGGGGCUAUGCCCCGUGCUGCCCUUUCCUCGCACCAGCGUAGGGAGCUCCAGAGGGGUGGCCCACGGCCUCAGCACCGCCCACCACAGGUCUCUGUUGGAAGGCUCCAGCAGGGCGUCUCGGGGUCCUUGUCCUCUUCUCCCAGCCCUGUCCUGUUACGUUUCUGUUUACAAGUUGGAGUGGGGUCCUCCGGGGCAGGGCAGCCAGCCUAGCCCCGUCCCGUCUGCUCACGCCCUCCCCCAGGACCACACUGUGAAGUGAUACUGCCUUGAGCCCCUGCAGUUUUAUUUAUUAAACUUGAGUUGAAGCCCGA